AUGGCAAACCUUCCUCUCAAGAACCUAAAGCUUAAGGUUCCAGGUUUCCAUCCGCCGAUAUUUCUCACCAAGCGAUGGAAUAAAAUCGUCUCAAAGAAGACAAAACCAGUUCCCUUCAAUCAAGAAGAGGCGCUUGGCGACGCUCGUCACUUCGGGGGAGAUAGCUUCGCCGUGGAAAGCAGCAUCUCUUCAUCAACCUUGAAAGACCAAAGAAUCGUCAUCAGCACGCCCAAUUUGCUUUCGAGCGGGCCUCACCACCACAAGAGAACCACCCGACCAAAACGCUCUGUGACCCGCAAGGAUGUUUCGACAUUUAGGCAAAAGGCAGUUGCACUUUUGUUGACUGCGUUUGGGUUCAGUUUGUUCGCCAGCUUCGUGUUUCCCGAAAGUAAAACAGCCAAGGCAUUCACGGCGGCGUCCUUCUAUGCGCUUGUCGUUGUGCAUAUGUUUUAG